GGGGCGGGGCGGCGCCGGGAGCGUCAGUCGCGCGCGGCGGCAGCGGCGGCAGCGCGAGGCGAGGGAGCGCGCGCAGACCGGCCUCCUCUCGGUGCCGUUCCCGCCAUGGCCGCCUAUCGGCUCGUCCUCAUCCGCCACGGCGAGAGCGCCUGGAACCUGGAGAACCGCUUCAGCGGCUGGUACGAUGCCGAUCUCAGCCCCGCCGGGCAGCAGGAGGCGCGGCGCGGCGGCGAGGCCCUGCGAGACGCCGGCUUCGAGUUCGACAUUUGCUUCACCUCGGUACAGAAACGGGCCAUCCGUACCCUCUGGACCGUCCUGGAUGCCAUCGAUCAGAUGUGGUUACCCGUUAUCCGAACCUGGCGCCUGAACGAGAGGCACUACGGAGCUCUCACCGGUCUGAACAAGGCCGAGACGGCGGCGAAGCACGGCGAGGCACAGGUGAAGAUCUGGAGGCGCUCGUAUGACAUCCCUCCGCCUCCCAUGCAGUCCGAUCACCCCUUCUACAGCACCAUCAGCAAGGACCGUCGCUAUGCUGAUCUGACAGAGGACCAGCUGCCGACAUGCGAGAGCCUGAAGGACACCAUCGCCCGGGCUCUGCCUUUCUGGAAUGAGGAAAUCGUCCCACAGAUCAAAGAAGGCAAACGAGUCCUUAUUGCUGCCCAUGGCAAUAGCCUGCGUGGGAUCGUCAAGCAUCUGGAAGGCAUGUCGGAAGAGGCCAUCAUGGAGCUGAACCUGCCCACCGGCAUCCCGAUUGUCUACGAGCUGGACAAGAACCUGAAGCCCGUCAAGCCCAUGCAGUUCCUGGGGGAUGAGGAGACGGUGCGCAAGGCCAUGGAGGCUGUCGCUGCUCAGGGCAAGGUCAAGAAGUGAGGGCGGGCAACAGGCUUGCACGUAGUAGAGCCCCCCACUGUCCCCCACCCCUCUGUUGCACACCUCCCACAGCUGUAGGAACUUGGAGCUGCGCAGCUGGAGCAGCUCUCCAGGAUUAGGCCCAUUCCCUUGGGACCAGGCUCCCCUCUGCAGACAGCCUGGGUGCGAGGGGCUGUGCGCACAGUCUGGUGUGAAGGGGAGCCCUGGCAGCGCUCACACACCUUUCCACACUGAGAUCCCAGCCCUGGGACCCUGUCUGCAGGGGGAUGUGCUGAAUGAUCCCUCACUGUGCCAGGCUCCUCCUCUGCUUUGCUUCCCCAGCAGUUCUUGUCACCUGGUUACUGUAGUUUUGUUGCUUGAUUUAAUCAUCUCGGGAGCAGUGGGGCGAGCACAGUGCAGGCAGUGACCAAGAUGAGUACCCUGUCCCCACAUGGGUGCGUGGCACAAGGACUGUGGUGCAUAGAUGCUGAAAGGGUUGUAUUUUGGUGGUACUAAGGGUGGUACUCAUGACUCUGGACUUAGCUCUGCCAGCCCCUGCUUUAACUUAUUGCCUUGGGAGAAGGUGAGGGAGGGAGAGGGAGCGGGAGCCUGUCGUCUGGAAGUCCAUGUCCACCACACCCUUCCCCCAGCUGAAGCUCAUCCCAGUCCUGCUGUUGAAGCAGGUGCUGUUGUGCCCUAUCCCAAGUGGCCCUGUCACUGUGGCCUCCCCCUCUGCCAGCAUCGCGAGCCUGGGCUUGCAGGGGGUCUGUGUAACUGUCCGACCAUAGCAGCUGUGUCUCGUUCCAGUUCAAUAAAGGAGUCAUGCGCAAUAA